AUGAGAUCUGUAAAAAAUAAAAAAGAAGAAAGAGAAUCAGACUAUGUAAAUGGUGAUUUUAUAUUUCUAGCCAACUUCUCCAAUCCAAAUCGCAAGAUUGAUGUGAGGUUUGAGUACUUGGAAAUCGAGCUCUACUUCGACAGGCUUAUUGCAACUCAAGCCCUUCAAGCCUUCUCUUUGAGAGCUGGAGAUGUGAGGUUGGAUUUGGUUCAUAUGUUAACAAGUGAAGCUUAUUUGCCUCCAAAUAUGGCAUUUGAGCCCAGAAAUCAGUUACAGAGUAAUCGGAUUCGGUAUAAUAUAAGGGGAACAAUUAGAGUGAGAUUCAAUCUGGGCUUGACUCAUAUAUCUCAUAUAUCUUAUUGGCUUUAUGGGAGAUGCCAGGUUGAGAUGUCCUGGUUGCUCGAAGUUGUAGAAUACAGAGGUGAAGAUCCAAAUACAUGA